UUGGCCUUCGCUGGUCCCACUAGCAUUACGCCAGGCCACCAACCCAUCUACGCUUCUCACUCCACUCACCAGCAUCGAUGGAAAUCUGAAGGUUCAGCUUUCAAAAGCCCAAAGCAGCUCAUCUUCUAACAUAUUGAAAAAUCCAUUAAACACCUCCAGGCUUCAACAACCCCUGUAUUUUCCUUUUUCCCACCAACCCCCUGCCUUUGUUUUUCAUCCUUUCUUCGGACUACUUUUUUGGUUUGCUUUUAAUUUAUGUGACUGAGAAACAACAGGAUCCAAGAGGCCAAAACCGGUGUUUUUGCUUUAAUAAUUAAUUCUCUUCAUCCAAAUGGCAAAUUCUCUUUGUACUUCAACAAGCAUUUCCCGUGUUGGUUUUAGCUCCCAAUUUCUGGGAUCAAAUUCCUCGUCAAAGGCUUACGUUUCCCUUUCUUUGCCUUCUUCUCAUGCCAAUCUCUCCGUCAAAUCUGUUGAGACUUCUAGACAACAGUCAUGGAGAAUCAGUGCAAUGUCUAAGGCAGAGAAUAGCAGCUUUGAGCAAGUGAAAGUUGAUAUCUCUCUGAGCCCCAGAGUUAACUCUGUGAAGCCUUCAAAGACAGUGGCUAUAACUGAUCAUGCAACUGCUCUUGCACAAGCUGGUGUCCCUGUUAUUCGAUUGGCUGCCGGCGAGCCUGAUUUUGAUACACCAGCUGUUAUAGCAGAGGCUGGGAUAAAUGCAAUUCGUGAAGGUUACACACGGUACACACCCAAUGCAGGUACUAUGGAACUUCGGGCGGCAAUUUGUCAUAAGCUAAAAGAGGAGAAUGGAAUCUCUUAUACACCUGAUCAAAUUUUGGUCAGUAAUGGUGCUAAGCAGAGUAUCCUUCAAGCGGUUCUUGCAGUUUGUUCUCCUGGUGAUGAGGUCAUAAUUCCUGCUCCAUUUUGGGUUAGUUACCCAGAAAUGGCAAGGCUGGCUGAUGCAACACCUGUUAUUCUUCCGACACUCAUCUCUGAAAAUUUUCUAUUGGAUCCAAAGCUCCUUGAGUCUAAAAUCACCGAAAAGUCAAGACUGUUGAUUCUAUGUUCUCCAUCCAACCCAACUGGGUCUGUUUACCCUAAGAAACUGCUUGAAACAAUUGCAGAAAUUGUAGCAAAGCAUCCCAGGCUUCUGGUUCUGUCUGAUGAAAUAUACGAACAUAUAAUUUAUGCACCGGCAAUUCACACGAGCUUUGCAUCAUUGCCAGGCAUGUGGGAGCGGACUCUAACAGUCAAUGGCUUUUCCAAGGCUUUUGCAAUGACUGGUUGGCGACUCGGAUAUAUUGCCGGACCUAAGCACUUUGUUGCAGCAUGUAAUAAAAUCCAGAGUCAGGCCACUUCAGGAGCUAGUAGUAUAUCACAAAAAGCAGGAGUUGCUGCCUUGGGUCUGGGCUAUGCUGGUGGGGAAGCAGUUUCCACCAUGGUGAAAGCAUUCAGGGAACGGCGGGAUUUCUUGGUUAAAAGCUUCAGGGAAUUGGAAGGUGUUAAGAUAUCAGAACCUCAGGGUGCUUUCUAUCUCUUCAUUGAUUUCAGUUCUUACUAUGGAAUAGAAGCUGAAGGUUUUGGUAAAAUUGAAAAUUCAGAGUCACUUUGUCGAUACCUCCUGGACAAGGCUCAGGUUGCACUAGUUCCUGGAGAUGCAUUUGGGGACGAUAGCUGCAUUCGCAUAUCAUAUGCAGCAUCCCUCACCACCUUACAAGCUGCUUUUGAGAGAAUUAAAAAAGCACUCGUCUCCCCGAGGCCAGCUGUUCCUGUUUAACACUGAUGAAUAAUCAUGCAGCAUGUUGUAAUUGUUGUACCUUAUUUGGGGAUUUGAAAUUUUUUUUUUUAAUAAGUUUUCUGAAGAAAAUUCUGGGUUUUCUAGGUUCAUUUGUUCUCCCAUAAUUGUCUCGCAUUCUAGGAAAUAGGACUUCAUGCUCAUGUGUCUGGAGCUCGAAUGCACGAGUGUAACUGUGUACGCUUGAAAUGAAACGCAAAACGGAUAUUCAUUUUGAGUCCGAUAUUCUGGCCCAAUUGAUAUUAAGGUCUCGUUUACGUGGGCUUCUUAACCUAGUUCUUUGUCUUGAACAGAAUAUAUAAUGGCCUACUGCAACACAAAUAUCUAAAAGGAAUAGCCUCUUGGAUUGCUGCCAUGUCCCAUUCAUUUGUUUUUUUGGUUUUAUUUGUGCAUUAUUUUUUGAAAAUUUAAAAAGAAGAAAAAACAAAUGAACAUGGUUUUGCAUAUAAGAAAAGAAAGCAAGAAAUGAACGUUGUUUGCAUGUUGACAAUAAUUUCAGUUCAUGUUUGUGGAAGACCCUUCACGACAAGUCAAAGCGUUCCCAUUUUGUUGUUCAUGU